AUAGCUCAGCAAAGUUCAGUUCAACUUUCGGAAGAAGGAUGUGAGCUGGAAUGGGCAGGGUCCAGAUUUGACAGGAAAAGACACUUCACUGGAGGUAUCUGCGAGAGUCCUGGGUUUGAGGGAAGGCGUACUGGUUAUGAAUAAGGAAAUGAUCUCUUCACCACUUCCUAAACACAUACAUGUCAUUCCCUACCAUCUCCACCCGCUGUUUAUUCUGAGCUGCACCAACCAUGUUCAUCACCUCAUCUGGGAUUUACUGAGUUUACCCCUUGCAGAGCUACACAAUAGUAGUAAAGGAAAGACUAAAAACCAAUUUAUCUUAUAUUAAAAUUACGACUUAGUAAAUAUUUUAUUCAGUAAUGCAGUUUGCUAGUGACAGAGCCAAUAACUGAAUUCUGGUCCUUUGAGUACCAGGUCAGGGCUUUUGUCAUCUACCACAUUUAAGUUACCUACCACAAGAAGUUUCCUAGUAAAAGGUCCUCUUGUGAAACUGCAGCUAAGGGAGACCAAACUGUCAAAAAGACAAACACCUUAAAGCACUUCCAUUCAUUCUCUCCUGAUUCUGUCAUCUCAAGUGGCUAAACACAUUAGUAGGAAAACAGCUCUGCUUUCAACACUCUUGGCCCUUUCUCAAGAGAACCUGAAAAUGAAAAAAUUUCAGAGACCAGUUUCAUUCCAGGACCUGACUGUGAACUUCACCCAAGAGGAAUGGCAGCAACUGGACCCUGCUCAGAGGCUCCUGUACAGGGAUGUGAUGCUGGAGAACUACAGCAACUUGGUCUCUGUGGAGUCCCUGAUGUCCAAAGAUCUUGGUCCAAGUUCUGUAAUUUCCCAUUAACAGGGUAUCAUGUUAGCAAACCAGAUGUGAUUUUCAAAUUGGAGCAAGGAGAAGAACCAUGGAUAAUGGAGGAAUUCUCAAAUCAGAACUACCCAGAAGUCGAUGAUGCCUUAGAGAAGAGCAAGGAAAUCCAAGAUAAACAUUUGAUACAAACUGUAUUCUUCAGCAACAAAACGCUGAUUACAGAAAGAGAGAAUGUAUUUGGGAAAACACUUAAUCUGGGCAUGAAUAGUGUUCCCUCAAGAAAAAUGCCCUAUAAAUGUAAUCCAGGAGGAAACAGUUUGAAAACUAAUUCAGAAGUAAUUGUUGCAAAGAAAAGCAAAGAAAACAGAAAGAUUCCUGAUGAAUACAGUGGAUUUGGGAAGCAUGAAAAAAGUCAUUCGGGAAUGAAAAAAUACAGAUACAAUCCAAUGAGGAAAGCCAGCAAUCAAAACGGAAAUCUUAUUCUGCACCAGAACAUUCAGAUUUUGAAACAACCUUUUGACUAUAAUAAAUGUAGGAAAACCUUCUUCAAGAGGGCAUUUCUCAUUACACAAAAGGGGAGACAGACUGAAAGGAAACCAAAUGAAUGUAAUGAAUGUAGGAAAACCUUUUCUAAGAGAUCUACCCUCGUUGUACAUCAGAGAAUUCAUACAGGGGAGAAACCGUAUGUUUGUAAUGAUUGUAGAAAAACUUUUCGUGUGAAGACAAGCCUCACUCGACACCAAAGGAUUCAUACUGGAGAGAGACCCUAUGAAUGCAGUGAAUGCGGGAAAACCUUCAUUGACAAAUCUGCCCUCAUUGUACACCAGAAAAUUCACGGAGGGGAGAAAUCCUAUGAGUGUAAUGAAUGUGGAAAGACCUUUUUUCGGAAGUCAGCCCUGGCUGAACAUUUCAGGUCACACACAGGGGAGAAGCCUUAUGAAUGCAAGGAAUGUGGAAAUGCCUUCAGCAAGAAAUCAUAUCUUGUUGUACAUCAAAGAACUCACAGAGGAGAGAAGCCAAAUGAAUGUAAGGAAUGUGGGAAAACCUUCUUCUGUCAGUCAGCCCUUACUGCGCAUCAGAGAAUUCACACAGGAGAAAAACCCUAUGAAUGUAGUGAAUGUGAGAAAACCUUCUUUUGUCAAUCUGCCCUCAAUGUGCAUCGAAGAAGUCAUACAGGAGAGAAGCCCUAUGAAUGCAGUCAAUGUGGAAAAUUUUUAUGUACGAAAUCAGCCCUCAUUGCACAUCAGAUAACUCAUAGAGGAAAGAAGUCUUAUGAAUGUAAUGAAUGUGGGAAAUUUUUCUGCCAUAAGUCAACACUCACUAUCCAUCAGAGAACACACACAGGAGAGAAGCAUGGUGUGUUUAAUAAAUGUGGUAGAAUAUCCAUUGUGAAGUCAAACUGCAGUCAGUGUAAGAGAAUGAACACAAAGGAGAAUCUUUAUGAGUGUAGUGAACAUGGGCAUGCCGUCAGCAAAAACUCACACCUCAUUGUACAUCAGAGAACUAUAUGGGAGAGACCAUAUGAAUGCAAUGAAUGUGGGAGAACCUACUGCAGGAAGUCAGCCCUGACUCACCAUCAGAGAACACACACAGGAGAGAGACCCUAUGAGUGUAAUGAAUGUGGGAAAACCUUCUGUCAGAAGUUCUCCUUUGUUGAACAUCAGCGAACUCACACUGGGGAGAAACCAUAUGAAUGUAAUGAAUGUGGGAAAUCCUUCUGCCAUAAGUCAGCCUUCAGAGUCCAUGGAAGAAUUCACACAGGAGAGAAACCAUAUGAAUGUAAUCAAUGUGGGAAAACCUACCGUCGCCUGUGGACUCUCACUGAGCAUCAGAAAAUACACACAGGAGAGAAACCUUAUGAAUGUAACAAAUGUGAGAAAACAUUUCGCCACAAAUCAAAUUUUCUUUUACAUCAGAAAUCCCACAAGGAAUAAGUUCCAACAAAGUAAUAAAUUCCAACAAAGCAACAAAUCAAAUAACUUACACAAUGCUAAACUGUGAGUAUGUAUAGAGGAGUAAAAUCUUAUAAAUGUAAUGAAUAUGGAAAAUGUUUCUGCCAUAAGUCAACCCUCAAUGUAACAUCAGAGAAAUCAUGUAGGAAAGAAACAAUUUGUUUAAUAAAUGUAUUAUUCAUUGUGAAAAAUGAAAAUAUUCAGCAGCAAUCCAAAGGUUAUACCAAAUGUGCCUCCCUUUUAAAAUAAUGAAACAAACAUUGUUUAAGUUAAGUUGUUACUUGGUUCCUCCCCACAGUGUUACUUGAUAGUGUAUGAUAGUGUAUGACCUUCAUUUCAAAUCAAUACCAUUGUUCGAUAGUUGAGUAAUUUACAGUUUCUCAAUUUAUGGUGUAUUUUCAGAUUUGGCAGAUUUUCUGUUGUCUGCUAACUCCAUAGUCUUCUAGUAGCAGACUAUAUAACUUUAUCUGCAAAGGUGACAACUCAGGAGAACUAACCAUUGUACUCUAUGCACCCAUGGUAGUUAUACCCCAGGUGAGCAUUUUGUAAAGCUGAGCCAAUGAAAGCCCUUCCUAAGACCUUUCUAAUGGAAGUUAGGCACAGGAUAACUAGUUCAUGAUCCUGAAGCUUUCAGCCAAGUCAAGAAAACAGCAAUUGCAGUAGGAAAAACAUGGGAAAAUAAGCAUUUUUGAACAACAAAGAGAAUUUGGAUGAUGGUUGAAUCCAAAAAGUGUUUAUUUCUCUGGUUUUAGUAUUCUCUAAUAUCCACUCAACCCCAUCUACCAGUGGUUUGAUUUUGUCAAUUAGUAUGUUUUCAAAAAUCUCUUGGAUUUCCUAAUCAACAUUAGAGGUAUUCUUUAGAAGUCACUGAUCAAAUUCUGAGAACAAAAGGCCUCUGGGAUGCUGAUCAGGAUUACAUUGUAUGGAUAUGUGUGAUGAGGUAGGAUUGCCACUUUUAUGGGGUUAUUGGGAAAUGUUUACCUUUCAAGUCCUGAUUUCCAUGAGUGGGAUUUUCCCUAUACCUGUUCCUAGCCUCUCUGCCACAUUAUGCAUUCUGCCCCAGGGAUGAGGAAGUAGGCUUAUCUAGUUGGUAAGAUAGUGAUGGGUAACUGGGUUUGCUCACCUGAACUCCCUCUUCAUUGUGGGCUGACCUGCAAGUACAAUUUCUUGUCACAGUUAUUGCCUGUGAUUGGUAAAUUGGUCUAAUUCUGUCAUUCAGCUAAUUGGCCCAUUAGCUGAAUGGUCACACUAAGUUGCAUCCUCCAACUCAAUUUGAUCAGUAAUAAAAGUUUCAUCCUGC